GUGUAUCCGCCAAAAUCACACGCGCACGUCUCCUCUUCCUGGGCGCUCCGCGCGGCCCCAACCUUCCAGACAUCCGCGGGAUCUCCUCGUGCCUGCCUCCAUGGCGCCGCGGGGCCACCACCUGACGGAGGUGGCCCUCCUCGCUUCCGCCUCGCCGGACCUCGCCGCCGUGGAUGCCGGCGAGCGUGAGGGGUGGCUGGACGACCCCACCGUGCUCCCCUCGCUCGGGCCCCGCGCGCGCGCCCUCGCCGUGGCCAGCGCGACGCGGUCCGUGCUCGUGAUCGUCCCGGUCGCGGGAGGUGGAGGAGGCGGGGUCACGGUGAAGCCCGCGGUGGGGCCCGAGGAGGGCCGGAUCUCGGCCGUAGAGUGGGUCCCGCUCACCACGGAGGACGGUGAAGAGGAGGAGGGGUUAGCAGUGGCGGUCGGCACGGACACCGGGUGGCUGCUGUUCUACUCGCUCGCCGGCGAUCUGUUGCACAAGCAGAGUGUAUAUCCUUCAAAGAUACUGAAACUCAACUUUCGUGAGCGGAAGGAGAACGCUUGGGAAGAUUCAGGUUCAGAUGAACUUUCUGUAGUUUUUCCUGGUGUUAUCGCACGCUUUGAUGGGGCUGACCUUCAGAACAUUCUUCAAAAAGCAUUUCAAGAUGUAAAAUCACGUCUGUGGAAAGAUAAGUUUGAAGAGGAAGAUACUGAGGAUGAGGGUUCCUUUGGAAGGAUAGCUUUUCAGAUUUGGAAUGUGAGCAAGUUUGGUUCUUGUGCUGAUGCUGCAAUUGUUGGUCUGAUGCCACCUCCCUUGUUAGAACUUCAGUCAAGUCAGCGCCACUACUGUGCCAUCACAGUUGGAGAGGAUGCUGUAGUUUCAGCAUAUAGGCUAUCAGAAGAUAGAAGCAGGUCAAUUGUUGGAGCAAUUUUGUCAAGAGGUGUAGCUGCAACAUUUUCGACAAUAUCGUCUUUGUCAAAAAUAUUAUGGCGGAGUGAGCCAUCACCACCUAAAAAGUCACGGCCAAAGCCUCAAUCCUUUGCAAAAACAUCACCCCUAACUUGCUUAAAAGACUCGCCGAGGAAGGGAGAACGGCUUACACUCUCCCCAAGUGGUACAUUGGCUGCCAUAACUGAUUCACUUGGGCGGAUUCUACUGCUGGACACUCAUGCCCUUGUGGCUGUACGGUUAUGGAAGGGCUAUCGUGAUGCUUCAUGUCUAUUUGUGGAGAUGCUACUAAAUAAAGACAAGGCUUCAUCAAGUACAAUGCGUAUGGAAUAUGCAAAGAGUGACUACUGUUUGUGUCUAGCAAUUCAUGCCCCACGGAAAGGCAUAAUAGAGGUUUGGAAGAUGCGAACCGGGUCACGCCUUUUAACCAUUCCAUGCCCCAAAGGAAGCAGAAUCUUACAACCCUCAGCGAGGCUCUCGUCGUCAUUCUCAUAUGCCCCGCUGGAGGUUUACUUGUUCAAUGGAGACUCUGGGCAGUUGUCAGUUUUGAAUAGUCACGUUGGAUGACUACUGUGUAUUGUUCUUUUGUGGUGUUAAAUUGUUCCUGCCAAGUGUUGUACAGAAAUAUUUGUUUUUUUAACAGUGCUUCCAAUUUUGACGAUCAAGAAAAAUGAAUAAAGCUGGGUUUUGUGUGACA